AUGUCGGAGAUGGCGAGUAUGGAUCCGGAAGGAAUCGACGGAGUCCGUAUGACGUGGAAUGUAUGGCCUCGUACCAAGGUUGAAGCCAGCAAGUGUGUGAUCCCUGUCGCUGCUUGUAUCUCUCCGAUCCGUUACCACCGCGAUAUCCAAUCCGUUCCUUAUGCACCUCUCCGUUGCCGCACUUGCUCCGCCGCUCUCAAUCCGUUCGCUCGGGUUGAUUUCACCGUCAAGAUCUGGAUCUGCCCAAUCUGUUUCCAGCGCAACACCUUCCCUCCUCACUACCACGUUAUCUCCGAGACCAAUCUCCCCUGCGAGCUGUACCCGCAGUACACUACCGUCGAAUACACUCUGCCUAACCCUUCCCAGCCCACCGGUGUCGGGAAUUUCGAUCAGAGCGGUGCUGUUGCCGGCCAGCCAUCGCCGUCGGUUUUCGUUUUCGUUCUGGACACGUGCAUGAUCGAGGAGGAGUUUGGGUACGCCAAAUCCGCGCUCAAGCAGGCGAUCGGGUUGCUUCCGGAGAAUGCACUGGUUGGGUUCGUCUCAUUUGGGACGCAGGCGCAAGUCCACGAGCUGGGGUUUUCCGAUUUGACCAAGGUCUUUGUCUUCAGGGGAGAUAAGGAGAUCUCCAAGGAUCAAAUUUUGGAGCAGUUAGGCCUCGGUGCUUCUGGGAGGCGAACCCCUGCUGGUGGGUUUCCGAUGGGGAGGGACAAUCCCGGUAAUUCUGGUGUUAAUAGAUUCUUGUUGCCAGCUUCCGAGUGUGAAUUCACGAUUGAUUCGCUGUUGGAUGAGCUGCAGACAGAUCAGUGGACUGUCAAGCCUGGAAAUCGUCAGUCGCGGUGCACGGGAGUGGCUUUGAGUGUGGCCACUGGACUGCUUGGAGCUUGUUUUCCAGGAACUGGGGCUAGAAUUGUUGCUUUAAUUGGAGGACCAUGCUCUGAGGGACCAGGCACGAUUGUGUCAAAGGAUCUAUCAGAACCUUUGCGUUCACAUAAAGACCUCGACAAAGAUGCGGCUCCUUUCUAUAAGAAAGCGGAGAAAUUUUAUGAUGCUCUCGCAAACCAGUUGGUUAACCAAGGACAUGUACUGGACCUUUUUGCAUCCGCACUUGAUCAGGUUGGUGUUGCUGAAAUGAAAGCUGCUGUUGAAAGAACUGGAGGACUUGUUGUUUUAUCAGAAAGUUUCGGCCACUCUGUAUUCAAGGAUUCCUUUAAGCGAGUAUUCGAAGAUGGCGAACAGUCUCUUGGCCUUUGUUUCAAUGGUGCACUUGAGAUCAUCUGUUCAAAGGACAUAAAAAUUCAAGGAAUUAUUGGACCGUGCGCGUCACAACAAAAGAAAGGUCCUAGCGUUGCUGAUACAGUUAUCGGUGAGGGGAAUACAACGGCAUGGAAGAUGUGUGGCCUCGACAAUAGUACUUGUUUGACAGUCUUCUUUGACAUUUCAUCUAGUGAUCAAUCAAGUAAUCCUGGUGGUAAUACCCAGCUAUAUUUACAGUUUAUGACAAGCUACCAAAACCCAGAAGGCAAAACAUUACUUCGAGUUACUACUGUUACCAGACAAUGGGUAGAUACUGCUCUUAGCACAGAGGAACUGGUGCAAGGUUUUGAUCAAGAAACUGCUGCUGUGGUGGUGGCCAGAUUAGCUUCCUUGAAAAUGGAAACAGAGGAGGGAUUUGAUGCUACGCGAUGGCUAGACAGGAACCUUAUUCGUCUUUGUUCUAAAUUUGGUGAUUACCGGAAGGAUGAUCCUGCUUCAUUUACUCUAAAUCCAAACUUUUCACUAUUUCCUCAGUUUACAUUUAAUCUCCGACGUUCACAGUUUGUGCAGGUGUUCAACAAUAGUCCAGACGAAACUGCCUACAACCGCAUGCUAUUGAACCGAGAAAAUAUUUCAAAUGCAGCUGUUAUGAUUCAGCCAUCUCUAACAACAUAUUCAUUUAACUCGCUACCUCAGCCUGCAUUGUUGGAUGUUGCUUCCAUUGGUGCAGACCGUAUCCUCUUGUUGGAUUCUUACAUUAGUGUCGUCAUUUUCCAUGGACUGACCAUAGCGCAGUGGCGCAGCAUGGGCUAUCAAGAUCAGCCUGAACACCAGGCAUUUGCACAACUAUUGGAAGCCCCGCAAGAAGAUGCUCAGAUGAUUAUCCGUGAACGUUUCCCUGUGCCGAGAUUAGUUGUGUGUGAUCAGCAUGGAUCACAGGCAAGGUUUUUGUUAGCCAAGCUAAAUCCGUCAGCAACAUACAACAACGCGAGCGAGAUGAGUCCAGGUUCCGACAUAAUCUUCACGGAUGAUGUUAGUCUUCAAGUUUUCUUCCAACAUCUUCAGAAACUGGCUGUUCAAUCUUAA